UCCAGUCCGCAUUUUCCAUGCGAGGCGCGCUAGAGCCUGGAGGUGGAUAAUAGCUGGUAGAGCUCUCUCUCUCUUAUGCCAUGCUGGGCCAGGAGGGCUCCGGGAGACAUGCAUUCACCAAUAUCCGGGUUGGAGGAGAGGAAAAAAGUUUCAUUUAAACCUUGGACGAGCAACUUUCAAUAUGAAACCCAACUGACACCGACGCGACGCUGUCAGCGACGCAUUUCACAUUUGAAUCGACAAAAUUUACAGUGCUAGAACAAAGCUUCGUUUUUCCAUAGAAGAUUUUUUUCCUGCUUCUGUUUUCAUCCGUCUCUUUUUCGUGUGCGAGUAGCCUAUUUGAGGGUCACUGUCUCACUGACACUGUCACAAAUGUUGAAAUGAUGAUGGCUGCGCAAGUGGCAUCAGCUCCAACAAGAACUAAUAAUAAAAACAAAAAAUUGUCGGGUACUUUAGGUCAAGAACUAAAUUCCGGAAAAUCGGGAGGAGGAACUGUACAACGAACUGGAGCAAUGCUUGGAGCUGGAGAUGGGGCUAACACAAUGAAUAAUGUAGACCAUCACCGCCGAAACGAGAACAAUAUGGUCAAUUCAACUUCUACUAAUAAUUCUGACACACGGGAGAAGGAGAGUGGAAAUAAUAUAACGUCUAUGUCGUCGUCUAAUUCGAGCACUGCCUCGUUGGAAACGGGUUUGAUAGCGAAUCAUAAACUGAAAAAUGUUGGUAGCGGAGAUCCCCCUCCGUCUCAGCACCAGCAGUCGCAAUUCAACCAAUUUCCACAUCAGCAGCGUCAGAUACAAAGUAACAACAUCAACAACAACGGGCAAGGCGCGCGGGGAGACAGGCCUAAUGACAGCCAGCAUCACGGUGGGAAAGAGAAUCUAUUGGGGGGACAUUUAGAUCAGCAGACGCUGGGCAAGAGCGAAGGGGACCAUACCUGUAAACCGGGGGAGCGGAUGGGCGCCAGGUACGAGCAUGCCAACACGGGACCAACAAAUAACAUUAGCCGACAGUCCCCAAGUGCAGGAGGGAACAACGCAGUUCCUGAGUUUAAUAAUUACUAUGGUAGUUCAAGGCCCUGUUACGAUCAACACGGUGGACAGCAAAGCACUGGAAUAGGGAUAAUGCACUCUUCAGCUCACAAUAGUAUGGAACCCGUACACAACUCCCACGAAGGAUACCACAACAGCCAGUAUAAUCACUAUCCGGCGUAUCGAGCAGGCUACGGUGGUUCUGGCUACGGCAUGAUGGGUCCUUCAAGGCAGGGCAAUAACAUGUUGGUGGGGCCUGGCAGCAACACUUCAGCCAGUCAUGUGAAAGCAGCAAUGGGAGCUGCCUCUGUGCCUGGUGGUAAUGUAGGGGGCUUUCAAAGAUUCCCUGGACAAAGUCAGCACCCCUCAGGGGCCACUCCGACCCUGAACCAGCUGCUGACUUCCCCAAGUCCAAUGAUGCGAGGUUACGGCAGUGGCUAUCAAGAUUACAGUGGUCCCACAGCACAACAACAAGCAGGUAUCGCGCUGGGUAAAGACAUGAGUUCUCAGUAUGGACCCACGAGUCAUGGCUGGGGAGGACAACAGAGAACCCACCCCUCUUUGAGUCCUGGAAACGGAGGUCAAGGUAUCAGCAGAACGCAGGUGGGGUCAAUGGACUUCAUGGCUAUGAAGCGCUCCCAGAUCUAUGGGAUGGCCAACAACCCAUACUCUCAACAGCAACAGGGUGGGCCCUACCCCAGCCAGCCAUACGGAUCGCCCUCUCCACACCGAUAUCCAAUGGGGAUGCAGGGGAGGGGUCAGGUGGCCAUGGGCGGGAUCCAGUACAUUCAGCAGCAGCAGGUCCCGCCCUACGGUCAGCAGGGUAUGGGUGGGUAUGGCCAGCAGCAAGGAACGCCCCCAUACUUCACCCCUCCCCAGCAGACACCUGUAGCCCCCUCGCAGCCCCCCUACCUGCAGUCUCGAGGACCACCCCAACAGGACCUCUCUGGCUCCAUAGAUGACCUCCCCACAGGGACGGAGGCUGGUCUCAGCUCAGCCGUCAGCGCCACCGGCUCCACCAGCAGCCAGGGGGAGCAGAGUAACCCUGGCCAGUCGCCCUUCUCUCCACACGCCUCGCCGCACCUCCCCGGCCCACGCAGUGGACCCUCGCCCUCCCCCGUGGGCUCACCGGCGGGCUCCAACCAAUCACGCUCUGGCUCGGGACCCAUCUCCCCCGCCAGUGGACCAGGCACCGCACCAGGGUCCCAGAUGGCCCCCCAGACCCCUGGCAGCGUGACCGAGGGCCCCCAGUCGCCCAUGCCUCAGGAGAGAGGGUUUGUGGCCAAUAUGCAGAGGAACCAGUCUACGCCCCAAUUCCCUCCACCUCAAUCGGGACCCUCCAUGUCCCCCCACCCCUCUCCAGGGGGGCAGAUGUAUCCCGGGAUUGGCCCCUACCCCCAGGGCAGCUCCACUGGUCCUUACGGGCCCCAGGGAGCGCAGUACGGACCCCCAGGUAACUACCCGCGACCCCCCAACUAUGGUGGCACCCCCAGUGCCAACUACAGCGUCCCAGGGCCUGGCAUGACCAACAGCCUGGGAAUGAACGCCAGCAGCCCCAUGCACGGCCAGGGACCUGGACAGCCCAUGCCCGUGGGCCGCAGCCCUGGGGCAGGGAGCCGGACGUACCCCAACAUGGCUCCCAGCUCCCCCAGCAUGCCUCAGACAGCCGGCCCAGGAAUGGGGCCUCCUCCUCUGGGCAACGCCAACCGCAAGGCCCAGGAGGCAGCGGCCGCCGUCAUGCAGGCCGCAGCUAACUCUUCACAGAGCAGACAGGGCAGCUACCCUGGCCCUGGCGUGAAUCAGGCGGGCACCAUGGGCUCCGGCGCCCCCUACAGCCAGGCUGUGGGCAACAACACAGGCAUGGGCACACCACAGGGCCAGCACUACAGCAUACCACCCUCAGGAGGGACAGGGAUGGCUGGGGGUGGGAUGAUGAACCCAGAGGGAAAGCAGAAAGCAGAACCCAAGGAGGAGAGCAGCCCCCCUUCCAACGAGGCCCAAAAACCUAAGCUCCAGGACGGCUACACCAGUAGCCAGUGUGUGUCCCAGCCCCCCACCCCCGGUGCCCUGCCUGUGCCCUCGCCCCUGUCUCCCAGCCCUGCCAGCCUGUCCUCCUACCACGGGGACGACAGCGACAGCAUUAGCAGCCCUGCAUGGCCCAAGACCCCCUCCAGCCCUAAGCCCAACUCCUCCACCAUGACCAGCGAGCGAAUCACACGGCUGUUUGACAUGGGCGGUGAGCCGGAGCGGCGUGGCUGGGUGGAGCGCUACCUGACCUUCAUGGAGGAGAGGGGCACACCCAUCCCCCACUUGCCCGCUGUGGGCAAGAAGCCCCUGGACCUGUGCAGACUCUAUCUGGCCGUCAGGGAGAUAGGAGGCCUGGCUAUGGUGAACAAGAGUAAGAAGUGGCGAGAGCUGUCCUCCAGCCUGAGUGUGGGCACGUCCAGCAGCUCUGCCAGCUCCCUGAAGAAGCAGUACAUCCAGUACCUGUUUGCCUACGAGUGCAAGGUGGAGCGAGGGGAGGAGCCCCUGGCCGACGCCCACGCCACCGGGGGAGACAACAGGAAGCAGGCCAAGGUGCAGCCACCCUCACCUGCACAUUCUGGCUCCCUCCAGGGCCCCCAGACCCCCCAGUCAUCAAGCAGCAGUUCCAUGGCGGAGGCCACAGGGGACCUGAAGCCUCCCACCCCUGCAACCACACCCCAGGGUCACAUCACCCCUGUGCCGGCCAACAGGAACAGCGUUGUCAGUGUGCAGGACCCCUUCUCUGAAGUCAGUGACCCGGCCUUCCAAAAGCGCAACUCAGUGCCUCCUUGUGGAGGAGGUCCAUACCAGCAGGGCGUCAACAUGCCUGACAUGAUGCUGAGGAUGCAGUACGAUGCCAAGGACCCUUUUGCUGGCAUGAGGAAGAUGGCAGGGGGCGAGCCCUACAUGGCAAGCCAGAUGCCUGGUGGUGGCAUGCAGGAGAUGUACGGCAGGCCUGCAUCAGGGAUGGGCAUGGCCCAGUGCUCACAGUACCCCUAUGGACCAGGCUACGACAGGAGACCAGACCAUGUCAUGGGAAUGGAAGGAAACAUGGGCCCCCCCGGCAGUCAGAGUAACAUGGGACCCUCCAAUAGCGAGGGCAGCAUGUACUCCUCCAGUAGAUACCCCCCCUCCCAGCAGAGACAUGAUGGAUAUGGGCAGCAGUACCCUGGCAUGCCCUAUGGGAUGCACCCCUCAGGGAUGUACCCCCAGCAACAGGGCUACAAGCGUCCCAUGGAGGGGAUGUACGGAGGCCCACCAGGAAAGAGACAUGAAGGGGAGAUGUAUGCCAUGCAGUAUGCCAACCAGCAGCCCGACAUGUACGCCCAGUACAGCUCUGGCUACUCGGGUCCUGAGCGCAGACCCAUGCAGAGCCAGUUCCCUUACCCGUACCCUCGAGACCGCCUGCAGGGGCCCCCAGGCCAGCACCCCCAGCACGCCAUGAUGAGCGGAGGAACCCCCAACAAUGUAGUAGAUGGCCCUCAGCCUAACAUGUGGCCCUCCAGAACAGACAUGGGCUACCCCUACCCCAACCGACAGGGGGGGCCAUCCCAGAUGACCCCCUACGGGCCAAUGGGUCGAGGGGACGACCUGGAGGGUAGGAUCGGGCAGGAGAGCCAGUGGCACCGCCAGUCUGCUUAUAUGUCCUCCUCUGGUGGGAUGCCACCCAUGUCCUCUCGCCAACCCCAGUCACCCUAUCAGACAUCCCCGUCCAUGGCCAAUCACCUCCCCCGAGCCCCCAGCCCAGGUGCAUUCCAACGCUCUAUGGAGGUGCGUAUGUCCCCCAACAAAGCGGCCUUUAUGUCCUCAAUGAAGAUGCCUAAGCCGGGGAUGCCAGGCUCACAGGGCAAUGGGCACAUGGGUCAGAUCCCUCCCAACCUACGCAGAGACCUCAACUACCCCCUGGGAUCUGUGGAGUCCACCAUGCCCCUACUCAAGCCACGGCGCAAGAUUACCUCCAAGGACACUGGUACCCCUGAGGCCUGGCGAGUGAUGAUGUCACUCAAGUCAGGCCUAUUGGCUGAGAGUACAUGGGCCCUGGACACCAUCAACAUCCUGCUGUAUGACGACAGCACCGUGGCCUCCUUCAACCUCUCCCAGCUGCCAGGAUUCCUGGAACUCAUCGUGGAGCAUUUCAGACGCUGUCUGAUUGAGAUGUUUGGUAUCCUGGAGGAGUACGAGGUGGGCACCGUGGGUCAGAAGACCCUCCUGGGCCCCGCCGCUGAGCAGGGGGAGGAACCAACCUCUGAUAUGGAAACAGAUGGUGACAGCCAAUCAGAGGCUGUGCUCGUGCAGGAGGCGGAGCCGAUGGAGGAGCAACCCACUGCGGUCACAGAUGAAGCCCCGUCCGUUGUCACAGAGCUGGUCCCUGAUGAAAUGAAGGAGGUGUCAGAUGCUGAGGUGAAGGUAAAGAAGGAAGAGGAAAAUGAAGAGGAAGUGGAGAAAGAGAAAGGAGAGGGGGUGAGUGAAAAGGCGGAGGAGGCAAAGGGAGACUCUCUUGAGCAGUCUGAGUCAGAACUGGAGCCUAGGCCUAAGCAGGCCAGCAAGUAUGACAAGCUGCCAAUCAAGAUCCUCCAUAAAGACCACCUGAUCGAGGAUAUGUCUGAGCAGCUGGGUCAUGUGACCGAGUUCAGCAGUGGACUUCUACACUGGCAAGCCGGUGGAGGCGACUCCACCGCCCACAUCCAGACGCAUUUUGAACCUAGGGGUGGACAGCCAAUCAAAACCCAGGAAGAGUCAGAUAAAGAGAUUGCGCUGAAAGAGCAGAAAAGCGAGUCAGCGUUAGAAGGAGAGAAGCAGAAAGAGAGAGUCAUCACAGCCACCAUUGAUGACGUGCUCUGUGCCCGACUCGGUGUUCUCUCUGACGGUCACCCCACCCACUCCUCCCCUACCUACCCCUUCAGACUGCUCCCAGACGGGGGUCUGGACCGCAUCACCCUCCUGGAGGAUGAGCCCCGCUGCCUAGAUGAGACCCCUCUCUCCACCUCCCAGCCCUGGCAGGACUCCCUGGCCAAACGCUGCCUCUGCAUCUCCAACAUCGUCCGCAGUCUCUCCUUCAUCCCCGGUAACGACUCCGACAUGUCCCGACACCCCAACCUGGUUCUUAUUCUGGGGAAGCUCCUCCUGCUGCACCACCAGCAUCCCGAGAGGAAGAGGGCGCCACCUAGCUACCAGCGAGAGGAACUGCAGGAGCAGGGAUUAGCAUUUAGCAAGGAUGAGUGGUGGUGGGACUGUCUGUCCCUGCUCAGGGAGAACACUAUGGUGACUCUGGCCAACAUCUCCGGCCAGUUGGACCUAUCUGUUUACCCAGAGAGCAUCUGCAUGCCCAUUCUUGACGGCCUGCUGCACUGGAUGGUGUGCCCCUCGGCUGAGGCCCAGGACCCUUUCCCAUCCGCGGCGCCCCACUCCCCUCUUACCCCCCAGAGACUGGUGCUGGAGUGCCUGUGCAAGCUGAGCAUCCAGGACGCCAACGUGGACCUGUUGCUGGCCACGCCGCCCUUCAGCCGGCAGGAAAAGCUCUUUGCCACGCUGGUGCGCUACGUGGGCCAGAGGAAGAACCAGGUGUACCGUGAGAUGGCGGUGGCCGUCCUCUCCAACCUGGCGCAGGGCGAACCUAUGGCGGCGCGUGCCAUCGCCGUGCAGAAGAGCAGCGUGGGUAACCUGGUGGGGUUCCUGGAGGACGGAGUCAGCGUAGCCCAGUACCAGCACAACCCCCACAGCCUGCUACACAUGGGACACCGACCUGUGGAGCCACCCAGCGUCAACAUGAUGUGCAGAGCUGCCAAGGCUCUGCUGGCCAUGGCCAAGGUGGAGGAGAACAAGUCAGAGUUUGUGCUCUAUGAAGGCAGGCUACUGGAAAUCUCAAUCUCCUCUGUGCUCAACUCUAGCGUAGCUGCCAUCAUUUGCCAAGUACUCUUUCAGUUUGGAAAAUUAUGACAGGAGGAGAGGUCGGACUUGUAUUGAUGGACGCUGACAAGUUAAUUCUGUGGUUUUAUAUUUUUUAUUUAAGUGAAAUGGAAGGAAAAGGUUUGUUUUUAUAUCAUAUGAAUAUAUACAAAUACAAAUAUCUAUAUAUAUAUGUAUAGCUCCUGGGCCUCAUUUACACUUUGGUUUUGUGAUUUGAGAAAUGAUUUUAAUACAGAUAUUUAAUACCUGCUGUCGUUGAUAUGUUUGAUCGAAGACGUCUUUGUUGUUUUGUUUGUUGUAAUUUGUUUCACCAAAGCUGUUGGCGGAUUUUGGUGCUGAUUCUUUUGGUUUCCUUUUCUCUUACAAAAAGGUUUUUUAGAUUUAUAAUCACAUAUGAUAUUAUCCUGUGUGUUGAGGUUGGUCAAGGAGGGCAGAUGUAUUUAAUUGUGAAACGUUGUACAGUAGGUAGAACUUUUCUUGACACAUGUUCUGGAAAAAGAUUUUUACACAGAAAUGUAAAUGUUUCCAUUGCUGGAAAAAUAAAUAUGUGCAAUAGGACUAGUGCAAGUUGUCCCUUAGAGAGCAACUAAAAUAUGUGAACCUUUUGAAACACAUGCAAUGUGUGCUUUUGACCAUGGGUAGGCAGUGUUGCCAAGCAUCAGCCAAACAGUCCAUCACAAUUUGACUCACUUUGAUGUUAAUAUCUUUCCUAGUCACUACCUGUGGGUCAACAUUUACAAAGAAAUCUUGUUUCUUAAGCACUUGCAUUAUGUUUGUCUUCUUUCCUUUUUUAACUCAAGUCAACACUAUGUAAAUAGACUGUUGUAUAUCGGGCACACCUGAUUCUGUACUUUCACAAUCAAAAGUAGUAUCACUACAAAAAAAAAGAUGAAACUUCUGAUUGAUAUGGCAAAUGCUUUUAUUAUUGGUAAGAUUGGUUAUUGUUAUUAUAUGUAUUUUAUUAUUGGAGUCAAUAUUUGGAAAUUGAGGAUGUAUAGGUAUCUGUAUGUAUGUUCCUGUAUGCAUUGUAUUAUAGCUUAAAGCUGAUCAAAACAAUCGCUUUGGUAAAUCACAUGUGGAAGUUCCAGGAUCAGGGG